UUCUCUCACCCUCCGCCGCUGCCUCCGUUAGCUUCCUCUCUCCCUCUCUCCCCCGCCCCCCGCUGUCUUUCUCACUCACAAGAGAAGCCAGCCAAGGCUGCUGCCAAAGGCGACAUUUUUCUCAUGGACGCCGGCGCAGCGACCACCGCCCGGGAGCGCCCCGCGCCGCCCUCGCCGGUGGCCGCGCUUCCGAUGCCGAUGCCGAUGCCACAGGCGUCGGCGGACCCGUCCAGCCCCUUCCCCACCACCUUCGUCCAGGCGGACACCACCUCCUUCAAGCAGGUGGUCCAGAUCCUCACUGGCACGCCGGAGACCGCGGCGGCCGCUGCGGCGGGCGGGGCGCAGGCGUCGCCUCCGGCCGCGCAGAAGCCCGCGCCCGCGCCCACGGGGCCCAAGAAGCCGGCUUUCAAGCUCUACGAGCGGCGGAGCAGCAUGAAGAGCCUCAAGAUGCUCUGCCCGCUGCUCCCGGCCGCCGCCGCCUUCGCCGCCGGCGGCUCCGCGGGCAACGGGUUCUCCCCUCGGGGGUUCUCGCCGCGCGGGCUGGAGGUUCUGUCGCCGAGCAUGCUGGACUUCCCGUCGCUGGCGCUGGGGAGCCCCGUCACGCCGCUGCCGCCGCUGCCGGGGUCCGACGAGGCCGCGGCCGCCGAGGACCGGGCCAUCGCCGAGAAAGGGUUCUACCUCCACCCGUCCCCGCGCGGCAAUGCGGGCCCCGGCGGCGACCUGCAGGCGCCGCCCAGGCUGCUCCCGCUCUUCCCCGUGCAGUCGCCGACCAGCCGGCCAUGACCGCUUCGUGGCUUCCCCUCCCUUCCUCUAGGCUGGCGCGCUCCUUGCCGGUAUGCUCUGCUCGCUGCUAGUCGCCGUGCUCCUGAAGCGGGAGGCCGACCUGAUCUGUGGAUGAUUUGCUCCUCUCUCCCUCCCUCUCCUGAGCUUUGGGGUGAUUCCUGUAUGUCCAGUCCUCAGAUUUGUAACAGUAAUUCGGCGCAUAAGAGGGAUUAAAUUGAUCACCGAGUUUGAGUGAUGCUCUUGCCCCUCAUUUCUUUUCUUGUCCUCAUCUGAAUUGUAGAUUUUUAGCUUGAAAAUUUUCACCUUUCCUUGCUUCAUGUUCUUGCAUUGACAUGGUUUGGUGGGGCAAGCUUGUACAUUAAGCUGUCAAAACUUGGUCCA